AUGGCUUUCCUCCUCCCUGGUCUUCGCCGCAGCCUCUUGCUCUCGACUCCUCUCAUCCUCUCAGCACCACUCUUGGUACAGACAAUCAAACGACCUGUCCUUUGCGACGGUCCUGAUCCCCUGUCCAAAAUCACGUCGGACCUACGAAACAACUAUACUCACGAAGCACAAACGCCAGUCAUCAAAACCUCAGGCGCGCCGAACCCUCGAGCAAUCCGUCAAGUAAGCAUGGGUAGCAUCCUGGGCGUUGUCGCAGGUCUGGGUGUGAGUGUAUUCAGCAAGCCAUUAGCAGUCCUGAUAGGACUUGGAAUUGUGUGUAUUCAGUUCCUUGAGAGCCGGGGUAUUCAUCUCGUUCCUUACUCGUUCUUGCAACGGAGGUUCAAAGAGACGAACGUACGGUCGUUGAUUCAGGACAACGUUGCAUUCAAGCUCUCAUUUGGCGCGACAUUUGCGCUAGCUGCAUUCGCGGAAUUUUGA